AGCAAAUAUAAACCCUUUGGAUUCUUGGCAUUGGAACUUUGUUCUCCACUUGGACCUUCAAAAUUCCAGCAACGUUACAAGCAGACCCUCCAACCCUAAAGCUAAACUCCAAAGAACCAUCAUAUACACUUCUGGGAUAGUUUGGAUUGGAUUCUUGGUUAGAACUGAGAAAUAAAGAAUGGAGGAAUCAGAAAAUAGAAAGGAGAGGCUGAAAGCAAUUCGAGAAGAAGCUGCAGAGGCUGGCGAUAAUGCUGAAGAACAAAACUCAAUAGUUCAUGGCCUUGCCAAUCCAUUGAUUGAAUCUCCUUCAGCUUCCUUUGGGCAGGAUGAGCCCAGGCCUAGAUUUGACUACUAUACUGACCCCAUGGCAGCUUUCUCUGCCAACAACAAAAAGAACAAUGUCAGCCCUCACGUUUCACAAUCGUUUAACACCCCUCCAAGACCUAUGAACGCCGGUUCUCCAGCUUAUCAUGCUCAAGGAAACUAUAACUCGGCUCCUAGAAUGUACCGGCCACGAGGAGUCAAUGCCACUCCUCUUGUAAUCCGUAGGAAAACUAGUCCCUUUUGCACACCACUAGGGAACUCCUCUAACACUUUGGAUAGCUGUCUUGGCACACCUAACAGCUACCCUCCGCCUAAUUCACCGCAAAUUGGUGAUAUUUCCAGUGAUGGCUUUCCUCAAGGAGGUGGAGCUGGUAGCCCCUACCAAGGUUCAGGAUCCAAAGGCAGGCCUUACCGAGGUUCAAGAGGAGGCGGGGGUCGAUUCAAAUUUUACUAUCACAAGUCAAUGGUGGAAGACCCAUGGAAAGCAUUGAAGCCUGUUAUUUGGAAGCCACAUGGCGAUACACGUGACUAUACGAAAUCCUGGCUUCAAAAUUCCAUUAGCACUAAAAAGGCUAAACUUGGAGAGACUCCAACAAAAUCCACUCCCGGGGAAAGCCUCGCUGAAUACCUGGCUGCUGCAUUUAGUGAAGCAAUUGGCGAAGACAUUGUGAAUAAUGAAUCUGGCACAUAAAGCUUUUGAUGCUUGGAGUUUUUAAUUAUGCCUCAUACUUCUGUAGUUUCCGCAAAUAGUAAGUUAAACUGUAGUCUAAUACCACAUCUGUAUAGUUUCCUGCUUAUUUUAAAGUACCAUUGACGCCUUAUAAGUUCCAAUCCUUGUUUCACUUUGAUUCACUAUUGGAUCAUGCCUGUGUUGGCUAGUUCUUGA